CUUUUGAAUAAAAUCUUUCUCCUUUCCCCUUUGCAGAUAAAAAAAAAAAUAAUUUAUUCUCAACUGCGAUAAUGACGCAUGAAACUGCUUCUACACCGCAUACAAACGAUUGUAUAAAAUCUGACCAUCGUAUGUUCUUUACUUUUGAUCCAGAAAAAUCGUCAUUUUUAUCUGGAUAUUUAGGUAUAAAUGUAACGACGAUAACCGGAACAUUAUUAGUUAGAUUUACACAAGCAAUUAAAGCUAGAAAGAUAAAUUUGUAUUUUAUUGGAAGAGAAAAGGUUGAAUGGGUGCAUUUAAGAAAAAUAAAAAAGGAGAAGAUUAUAUUGAAACAACAUGAAAUUUUAUGGGAAUCAAAUAAUCCUAUAGGAUAUGAAUUAAUAACAGAUUUAACUUUACCAUUUGAAUUUCAAGUACCAUCAAAUGCUAUAGAAAGUAUUGAUUCAAAUUUUGGUCAUGUUCAAUAUACAUUAAAAGCUGUUAUAAAUAAAAAAAUUAAUAAAAAAUUUUGGAUUGAAGUUAAAGUACCAAUUUGGAGAUGGGCUAGACCAUCAAUUGAAGAAUUAAAACCUUUAAUUAUUAAAUCCAAAAGUUCACAACAGAGAAGACAUCAGAUUGAAUGGGAAACUAUAUUACCAAAAACUUUUUUUGAUAUUAAUUCAAAUUUUAAAAUUAAAUUAAGAAUGAUUGUACAAGAUCCAGAUUUAAGAAUAAAAAAAAUAAGUACAUCUUUAAAAGGGAUUGUUAAAUAUUUUAAUAAUAAUGAUGAUAAUGAUGAUGUUGUUGGAGGUGGCGGUGGUAGUAAUAGUAGCGAUAACGAUGAUGAUGAUGAUGAUGAUGAUGAUGACGAUGGAAAAAAAUUUUUACCAUUUGAAAAAGAACAAUAUUUGUAUAAAGGUGAAACAAUUAAUGGAAAAGAUGUUGUAAUGACACCAAGUGGUCUUGAUACAUUAUUUGAAGCUAAUAUAUUAAUUAAUAUACCUGAUGAUGUUAUUCCAACUUGUAAAACUAAUUAUAUGAAAAUUAUUAAUGAGAUUCAAAUCAAAGUAAUGUUUGAAAGGUCAAAUACUUAUGUUUUAAUUACAAGAGAAAUUUUAAUUGGAAGAAAUUAUGAAACAAGAGUUGAAAAUUGAAAUUUAAUUGGGGAGAAAAUAUCAAGUUUUCCAUUACACCGUAUACCCCUGCUGUAUUA